UGACGAUGAUGACCGCUGACAACAUCGCUCGAACACCUCUCAUGUAACAAUGCACAAAUUGCACAACCACAUGCCUUAUUCAUCAUGGUGGAUUUCAAACCCAAGGCAAUACGGGAAAGCCAACUUGAGAGAAGACAGGUAGAAUUUGCUGUUCCUGCCCUUGUGAAGUUCGUUAGUCAGAAUAGAGGCAAACAGCUACGGCUUUUGAAUGAACACCAGACCAUUUUGUUGAUCUUAGCACUAAAGAAGAUUCCAGACCCUGAGAAGAAACCAAGAAGAAUUCCUUUGCCACACUCUUUGUAUUCAGAGCAUGUAGAGGUUUGUUUGUUCACCAAAGAGGAUGGUUCAAAAGUAAAGGAACUGCUGAAGUCAAAAGAUGUUACAGUGAAAAAGGUAAUCUCCCUGACCAAGCUUCGUAAGAAAUACGGGUCAUAUGAAGCCAAAAGACAACUCUGCUCCUUGUAUGAUGUGUUCAUUUGUGAUGAUGAUAUCUACCAUUUGUUACCCAAGUUACUAGGAAAAGUGUUCUUCUCAAGGAAAAAAUUUCCAAUCCCAGUUAAUUUAAAGAAAGUAAACUUGAAGAAAGAAAUAGAUAAGGUUCUUAACUGUUCUUUGAUGACACUGGGCCAUGGAUCUUGCAGUGCAAUUAAGGUGGGCCACACUGGACAAACAAUUGAACAAGCUGUAGAGAAUGUUGUCAGUGCUGUCAGUGAAAUCACCAAGAUUGUCCCAAAAGGAUGGAAUAACAUUCAAUCCCUGAACCUCAAAACAUCUGAUUCAAUAGCUCUUCCACUUUAUACAUCAUUGCCUGUCACAAAUCUCACCAUAGGGGACUCACAACCACGUGCUAAAAAUCGGAAAAAAGGGGACUCCCGACCACUUCCCAAAAAAUGGAAAAAGGAAGACCCAAAACCGCCUACUGAAGAAUUGAAAAAGGACGACUCACAACCACCUGCUAAAAAAAUGAAAAAAGGAGAACUCACAGCCACCUGCUAAAAAAUGGAAAAUUGAGAAAAAAGCACCACCAUAAUUUUACACUGCACAAUGUAGGGAACCCCCCUUUGAGGUUCUACAAAACAAUUUUUUGAAGGAGGGAUAACAAAAUAAUGGUGGUCUUAAAUGUAAGUAGGGAUCAUUCGAGACUCAAGUGUGAAUUAAAGUUUUUCUAGCCAUAAUAAGCCCAACUGCACUGCUGAAGGAUUGGUAACCUAUAGUUUGCCAUUUAACUUCCAAGGUAUUAUGAAUUCUCCUGUCUAGCUGCUACACACCUCCUUGCAAAUUAGUAAAGAGAAUUGGUGUUAGAUCCAAAUAGUAACUCCUACCUGUUCAGUUUGUGUAUUCUCAUUACCUGUUUGCUGGAUUUUGUGUGUAUACUAUAGGAAGAAGUUAUGUGUUAAUCCCUUCUUAGAGUGAAUGGUUUAGACUAAAGGGUAAAAUGUGACUGGUGAAGCUGUGAGAUGAGAUUCAACUGGAUUUCUUUAUUUUCUCGUUCCCUUUUUAUUUUCAAGGUAUCAGCUCAAGAAGAAAAAUUUUAACAACUUAGAUUAUGUAGGGUUCACUAACAUGUUAGUUUUGCCAACAAUCCUUUCACUCUUAGGAGUGACAAAGUAAUUUUAUCCUUACAAUGUCAUUUCAAUACCAAGCAUUCAAGGUGAUUAAAAUAAAGCGUCAACAAAAGGAUAUUA